AUGAGCGAAUUCAAGUUCACGUACGACGAAGUCUCCAAACGCAACCACAAGAAUGACCUCGUCGUCAUCGUCAAGGGAUUAGGUACGCCUCAGCCGUGGUCUCUCUUUCUCUGUUUCGCCUCCACCUUUCUCGCGCGAUAAUCGAGGCCAUCGCUGAACCUCCUCACCUCGCUGGCUUUCCGGGAUCUUCUACAGCUUAUGACCUGACCGAUUUCGCUCCGGAGCACCCGGGAGGAAUGAAGAUCCUGCUCAAAUAUGCGGGCAAAGACGCGACAGAGGCCUAGUAAGUUUCACCCGAGAACGCUGCCGAUCGGUGGCCAGGACACGGUGGUGGUGGUGGUGGCAAAGAUCCUUGCGGCAGUCAGACCCUGAUUUCACUCAUCGGCUUUCUCUACGCAGUGAACCCAUUCACCCUCCGGGUACGUUGGAAGAGUACCUCCCCAAGGAGAAGCAUCUCGGCAAGGUCGAUAUGACCGGCGUCGAGAUCGAAGUCAGGGAAGAGACCGAGGAGGAGAAGGCGAGGAAGAUCCGCGUCGCCAACAAGCCCGAUAUCAGCGAGAUCUUGUCCUUGUAUGACUUUGAGGUGAGGUUUCUCUCAUUUUGUGGAACGACAUGGGCGUGGGCACCUUCGUCGUCGAGGCAUUGAGAUGUUUUGUGACCCACGCCCAUUGCUUUCUCAACGAGGGCUCAUCGCGGAACUUGUCUCUCCUUCACCAGGCCGUCGCAAAGUCGAUUCUUCCGACCGCAGCAUGGGCCUACUACUCUUCGGGAGCCGACGACGAAAUCACAAUGCGUGAAAAUAGGUCUGCAUACCAAAGGGUCAGUACCGUACUGCAUUACCUCGUCUCAGACACCUUCCGUAUAUCCCGAGGCGAUUCCGACCUCGCUCCCGCGCGACGAUGUUCGCCUCGGCUUCGGAGAUCGUUUCCUCUCGGCGCGACAAAAGCCCGUGACCGCUUCGACGGGCCGGCGCGCCUGGCUGACUCCCUCGCGGAAAGGGGAGGCUUUCGCGCGCUCAAUGUUCGGAAGAUCCGGUUGCGAACCCUUGCAAGCCAAGAUGCACACAAAGUAUCUGACAUCACCCGUUUUUGUAUUAUCCGUUGCAGAUCUGGUUCCGUCCUCGCGUACUGAGGGAUGUAACGAACGUUGAUUUUUCAUCGUCCAUCUUGGGGAUGCCGACUAGUUUGCCCGUCUAUGCGACCGCGACCGCUUUGGGGCGGCUGGGGCACCCUGAUGGAGAAAAGGUACGUAGAAAGUGACUUAGACGUGGCAUCGUGAAAGUAGUACUCAUCGCUUUCGUUUCGGAUGGGAGUAGAACUUAACAUGGGGGUGCGCCGAGCACGACAUCAUCCAAAUGAUCCCGACGCUCGCGAGUUGCUCGUUUGACGAGAUCGUCGAUGCCGCCAAGCCGGGGCAGAACAUGGUCAUGCAACUUUACGUCAACAAGGUGAGUUAUUGUUCGAGCAGUGUCUAUGCUGUUCCUCCUACUGACGCAAACCCUGUAUUCAGGACCGAGCCAUCACUGAGCGCAUUGUGCGCCACGCCGAAAAACGAGGUGUCAAAGGCCUCUUCAUCACCGUCGAUGCGCCCCAACUCGGUCGUCGCGAAAAGGACAUGCGACAAAAAUUCUCCGACGAAGGCUCGGACAUGCAAAAGGGUUCCGAGGUUGACAAGUCGCAAGGUGCAGCUAGGGCCAUUUCGUCCUUCAUCGACCCCGGUCUGUCAUGGAAGGACAUCGAGUGGUUCAAGUCCAUCACCAAGAUGCCGUUGAUCCUGAAGGGUGUGCAAUGCUGGGAAGACGCCGUGUUGGCCGCCGAGGCGGGUUUGGCUGGUGUCGUCUUGUCCAACCACGGUGGACGACAGUUGGAUUUCGCAAAGUCUGGCAUCGAGAUCUUGGUCGAGGUCAUGGAUGCGUUGAGGGAACGGGAUUUGCUCAAGGGCGGCUUCGAGGUUUACAUUGAUGGUGGUGUGCGUCGUGCUGGUGAUAUUCUCAAGGGUGAGCAGGUCUCUUCCAGCGGUUCGGUCGGAUCAUAGACGAAGAGACCGAUGAGUCGCUUUCAUUAUACAGCCGUCGCCUUGGGAGCCAAAGCUGUCGGUCUCGGCCGUCCGUUACUUUACGCUUACUGCGCCUACGGCAAAGAGGGUGUUUCCCGCGCGCUUCAGAUCCUCAAGGAUGAGAUGGAGAUGAAGUGAGCAACCCUCCUAACUUUGUGAAAAUGGCCCCAGCUGACUCCAUACCUCCCUCCUCCUAGCCUUCGCUUGAUCGGUGCUCCCACCCUCGCGGACGUGACCCCCGAGAUGGUCGACAUUAGAGGCCUCUCGAGUCGCAACGUCGACUCCAACCCCGAUUACCUUAUGCGAGCCAACUACGAGCCUCUCCAAGGUGUUGGGAAUGGGCUGGGUGCCAAGCCCCGAUUGUAG